AUUCCUGAUCUUUACCAUCUUUACCCUUUUCCCUCUCGUUACUUCUCUCAACUGCGGCUGCUCCAUUCCCUCCUCCGUUCUGCUUCUUCUCCUCACCGCACUCUGUUUCAGAGCUCGCCUCCGUUUCAGUGGCAAUGUUGUUGGACGAGAGCAAGUUCGACGUGCAAUUGAAACUGUGGGCCCUUCGAAUACCCUGCCAACUUUGCAGGGUUGCCACUCGAAUCCUAAACGGUUACGUGCUUGAUAAGCCCCGAGUUAAACCUAUCACUGAUGACCCAACUUGUGACAAAAACCGCUACCUUAUACUCUCUGAGAAAGUUCAGAAUCAGGAUUUAUCUGAUAUUCCCAAGCAAAAGCUUGAUGAGCUUAAGGACUUGUGUGAGAUUGAAGUUUUGCCCUAUUCGUUGACACUGGGUUAUUCAUACUGGAAUGCAGAUCAUGUGCUGAAGCAGAUACUGCCUGAUGGAGUGGAAGUGCCUUCAUCUUUUGAAACAAUAGGUCACAUUGCCCACUUAAACCUACAUGAUGAAUUACUUCCCUUCAAGGAUGUUAUUGCGAAGGUUAUUUAUGAUAAAAAUUACCCAAGAAUCAAAACUAUUGUUAACAAAGUUGGAAACAUCACAAAUGAAUUCCGCGUUCCAGAAUUUGAAAUUUUAGCAGGAGAGCAUGAUAUGAUUACAGAAGUGAAGCAAUAUGGUGCCACUUUUAAGCUUGAUUACAGUCUGGUUUAUUGGAAUUCCAGAUUGGAACAUGAACACAAAAGGUUGGUUUCAAUGUUCCAAGCGGGAGAAAUCAUAUGUGACAUGUUUGCUGGUAUAGGUCCUUUUGCCAUUCCUGCCGCACAGAAAGGAUGCUUAGUCUAUGCAAAUGAUUUAAAUCCAAAUAGCAUUCACUAUCUGAGGAUUAAUGCCAAAAUCAAUAAGGUUGAUGAUCAAAUUUGUUCUUACAACAUGGAUGCUAGAAAGUUCAUAUCCCAGCUAAUGGAAGUGCCAAAUUCUGGGAAUAAAACAGAAAAUGAUGUUCCCAUUUCCGACGCUUGUUACACAUGCAAGAUACAAGACAACACUGAGCCAAAUUCAGAAGAUAUACAAGGUUCAGCAGAGAAUGCUGCUAAGUCUACAAUUCCCGUCAAAAGAUCUUGUGGCAGUUCUCAUGAAGGAAAUGAAAAGGGGCAUGGUACUGACAUCCUUGAAGGUGGUGGCAAAAAAGGAAGCAAAAACAAGAGAAGGAAAGAGUCUGAAAUCUCUGUCACAAAAACUUGGGAACAUAUUGACCAUGUAGUGAUGAACCUACCAGCAUCUGCUAUUCAGUUUCUAGAUGCAUUCAGGGGACUGAUCCAGAGGAAAUAUUGGAAAGGACAUCUACCAUUGAUCCACUGCUAUUGCUUCAUCAGGGCAACUGAAACUCCUGAAUCUAUAAUAGCUGUAGCAGAAUCUGCUUUAAAAGCUACUAUACUAGACUCAAAAUUUCAUAGGGUUAGGGAUGUAGCUCCAAAUAAGGCAAUGUUUUGUUUAAGCUUCAGGUUGCCAGAAGCAUGCUUUUGCGAAGAAGAUAGUCAAUAAUAUUAUCCUUAGUGAUGCUGCUGAAGAGAAAUGACCUUUUUUCUUCAUUCUUCAACCUUUAUUUUCAUGUGUCUUAACAGGUAUUCAUUGUUCUUCAGGUGUAAUUGGAUACUUAGUUAGAUCAACCGAAAACAGUUAUGCAUGUUCCUUUGGAUAUGAACUUUUUCUUUUUGUUAAAUCUAUUUUCCUUUUUAUUAUAAGAUAAAUUUAUAAAUGUUUAACAACUAGUUUGUAAUAUUUUGAAAAAAUGAGUGGUGGAGUAAUCUAUAAUGACGUCACAUUCUUUUUUUCGGCAAAAA